CAGUGAUGACAAAGGGAGUGGCUGGCAUUGGGAAAACAGUCUUAACACAGAAGUUCACUCUGGACUGGGCUGAAGACAAAGCCAACCAGGACAUACACUUCACAUUUCCAUUCACUUUCAGAGAGCUGAAUGUGCUGAAAGAGAAAAAGUACAGCUUGGUGGAACUUGUUCAUCACUUCUUUACUGAAACCAAAGAAGCAGGAAUCUGCAGGUUUGAAGAGUUCCAGGUUGUGUUCAUCUUUGACGGUCUGGAUGAGUGUCGACUUCCUCUGGACUUCCACAACACUGAGAUCCUGACUGAUGUUACAGAGUCCACCUCAGUGGAUGUGCUGCUGACAAACCUCAUCAGGGGGAAACUGCUUCCCUCUGCUCGCCUCUGGAUAACCACACGACCUGCAGCAGCCAAUCAGAUCCCUCCUGAGUGUGUCGUUAUGACAGAGGUCAGAGGGUUCACUGACCCACAGAAGGAGGAGUACUUCAGGAAGAGAUUCAGAGAUGAGGAGCAGGCCAGAACCAUCAUCUCCCACAUCAAGACAUCACGAAGCCUCCACAUCAUGUGCCACAUCCCAGUCUUCUGCUGGAUCACUGCUACAGUUCUGGAGGAUGUGUUGAAAAGCAGAGAGGGAAGAGAGCUACCCAAGACCCUGACUGAGAUGUACAUCCACUUCCUGGUGGUUCAGGCUAAACUGAAGAAUGUCAAGUAUGAUGGAGGAACUGAGAGAGAUCCACACUGGAAUAAAAAGAGCAGGAAGAUGAUUGAGUCUCUGGGAAAACUGGCUUUUGAGCAGCUGCAGAAAGGCAACCUGAUCUUCUAUGAAUCAGACCUGACAGAGUGUGGCUUCGAUAUCAGAGCAGCCUCAGUGUACUCAGGAGUGUUCACCGAGGUCUUUAAAGAGGAGAGAGGGCUGUACCAGGACAAGGUGUUCUGCUUCGUCCAUCUGAGUGUUCAGGAGUUUCUGGCUGCUCUUCAUGUCCAUCUGACAUUCAUCAAGUCUGGAGUCAAUCUGCUGGCAGGAAAACAAACAGCAUCCUGGUGGCCUGAAGUGUUCACAGGCAAAUCAACACAUGUCUACGAGAGUGCUGUGGACGAGGCCUUAAAGAGUCCGAAUGGACACCUGGACUUGUUCCUCCGCUUCCUCCUUGGUCUUUCACUGCAGACCAAUCAGACUCUCCUACGAGGUCUGCUGACACAGACAGGAAGUAGCUCACAGACCAAUCAGAAAACAGUCGAGUACAUCAAGAAGAAGAUCAGGAAGAGUCUGUCUGCAGAGAGAAGCAUCAAUCUGUUCCACUGUCUGAAUGAACUGAAUGAUCAUUCUCUAGUGGAGGAGAUCCAACAGUCCCUGAGAUCAGGAAGUCUCUCCACAGUUAAAUUGUCUCCUGCUCAGUGGUCAGCUCUGGUCUUCAUCUUAAUGUCAUCAGAAAAAGAUCUGGACGUGUUUGACCUGAAGAAAUACUCUGCUUCAGAGGAGGCUCUUCUGAGGCUGCUGUCAGUGGUUAAAGCUUCAAAUAAAGCUCUGCUGAGUGGCUGUCACCUCUCAGAGAGAAGCUGUGCAGCUCUGUCCUCAGUUCUCAGCUCCCAGUCCUCUAGUCUGAGAGAUCUGGACCUGAGUAACAACAACCUGCAGGAUUCAGGAGUGAAGCAGCUUUCUGCUGGACUGGAGAGUACAACCUGUGAACUGGAAACUCUCAGUCUGUCAGGAUGUCUGAUCACAGAGGAAGGCUGUGCUUCUCUGGCCUCAGCUCUGAGCUGCAACCCCUCCCAUCUGAGAAAUCUGGACCUGAGUAACAACAACCUGCAGGAUUCAGGAGUGAAGCAGCUUUCUGCUGGACUGGACAGUCCAAACUGUGAACUGGAAACUCUCAGUCUGUCAGGAUGUCUGAUCACAGAGGAAGGCUGUGCUUCUCUGGCCUCGGCUCUGAGCUGCAACCCCUCCCAUCUGAGAGAGCUGGACCUGAGUAACAACAACCUGCAGGAUUCAGGAGUGAAGCAGCUUUCUACUGGACUGGAGAGUCCACACUGUACACUGGAAACCCUCAGUCUGUCAGGAUGUCUGAUCACAGAGAAAGGCUGUGCUUCUCUGGCCUUAGCUCUGAGGUACAACCCCUCCCAUCUGAGAGAUCUGGACCUGAGUAACAACAACCUGCAGGAUUCAGGAGUGAAGCAGCUUUCUACUGGACUGGAGAGUCCACACUUUGAACUGGAAACUCUCAGUCUGUCAGGAUGUCUGAUCACAGAGGAAGGCUGUGCUUCUCUGGCGUCAGCUCUGAGGAACAACCCCUCCCAUCUGAGAGAGCUGGACCUGAGCUACAAUCAUCCAGGAGACUCAGGAGAGAAAUUACUGUCUGCUGGAUUGAAGGAUCCACACUGGAGACUGGACACUCUCUGCUGUCCACUGGACACAAACACAGUACACAGAGAACUCAAACUGUCUGAUAACAACAGGAAGGUGACAGAGGUGGAGGAGGAUCAGUCAUAUCCUGAUCAUCCAGACAGAUUUGACCCCUACCUUCAGCUGCUGUGUAGUAAUGGUCUGACUGGUCGCUGUUACUGGGAGGUCGAGUGGAGAGGAAAAGUUGCUAUAUCAGUGAGUUACAGAGGAAUCAGCAGGAAAGGAAACAGUGAUGACUGCAAGUUUGGAUGGAAUGAUCAGUCCUGGAUUCUGUUCUGCUCUGAUGAUGAUGAUGGUCGUUACUCUGUCCAUCACAAUAAGAUAGAAACAUCCAUCUCCCCCUCCUCCUCUUCCUCCUCCUCUUCCUCCUCCUCCUCCUCGGUCUCUAACAGAGUAGCAGUGUAUGUGGACUGUCCUGCUGGCACUCUGUCCUUCUACAGAGUCUCCUCUGACACACUGAUCCACCUCCACACCUUCAACACCACAUUCACUGAACCUCUGUAUGCUGGGUUUGGGUUUAGGUCUGAUUCUUCAGUGUAUCUGUGUCCUCUGUCUGAGUGA